AUGGAGUCCGAGGUCGUGGUCGAAGAUGAUAUCAGAAACGAGGCAGGCGCUUUUCUAACUAUUGCCGCCACCUCCACGGGACUCGCCCUCGUCUUCGUUGCUGCCAGGAUCUACAGCAGGGCCAUAUCCAUUAGAAGAUAUGGAGUCGACGACUAUCUCUGCUUGGUCUCGAUUACUAUCAGUUUACUCUAUCUCGCCUUCGUUUCCGUCGCCCUUACUCUCGGCGGCGACAAGCACGUAAACUCUCUCACUCAGGCACAAUACGGCCGCGUCCUCUACUUCACCAUCAUAGCCUUCGUCCCCGGCGUCCUCUCCUUUACCGUGCCAAAAUUUGCCGUCGUCGUACUCCUCGUCAAAGCUCUUCAACCGGGUUCCUUUCACCGAACCGUCAUGUGGGUUCUGUCGGUCGUUUAUGGCCUCGGUGUCAUCGUCAUGUUGAUUCUCAACUUUGUACAAUGCUCGCCAGUACAGACCCAGUGGUUGGCGGCGGAAGGAAAGUGUUGGGAUGGAAGGAUUCUCGUCACGUACGGGCUGGUUAUUGGAGUUCUUUCUGUGCUUUUUGACUUUUAUCUUGCUCUCUACCCGACCAUCGUAUUGGCGAGGCUUACGAUGAACUGGAAGAAGAAGCUAGCCCUAUCAUUUUCUCUGGGAUUCGGCUAUUGUGCCGGUGCCGUCGCAAUUUAUAAGUGCACAACCUUGACCCAUCUCAUAGGGCAGAAGGAGUUUCCAUUUGCCCUCAACGACAUAAUGCUCUGGACAAACAUCGAAGCGAACUGCGUACUCAUUGGCGCCUGCAUCCCAACCCUCUACCCCCUUCUGGUCAAGAUUUCCGGAGUCUCAGCCCUUGGCGGCAGCUCGCCCUUCUACACAAGGGGCCGAAGACCUCCCCCUUCCGCCGCUCCCCACAACUUGAAGGCGCAGCAGUUGCACGUUCUUACGAUCGGGUCGCAUUCGAUACGAAGGAAGCCAGUCUUGGACGACUUGGGCAGUGUAGACGGGAAGGGGAAUGAGGGUGAUGAAGUCGUGACCCAUCCCGGCAGUGCGUAUUCCGGGAUCGGUGGACGGAAGUGCGAUCAAGAAUUCUAUGUUGUUUGA